AUGGAACAAUCAAAGCGAUCAAUCAUCAAACUCUUAAAUUCCACCUCCAACAACCAAGAAGAUUUUAGAAUAAUUAAAAAGCUUCCAAAUCAUGUUAUGAUUGCCAAUCAGCAACAACAAUACGAGAGAAUAAUUGCUCUCCGAAUGAGAAAUCAACAAUUUGUCUGUAUAUUAAAAUCCUUGUCAUCACUAGCACCAAUGAAUUUAGAAAGCAGCUGCUAUUAUCAAGGAUUGCAAUCGCCUCUAACGAUGCUCUUACCGACCAGAGAUAAUAUUUAUCAGGCAUGUGAUGGUGGCACCAAUGAUUCCUAUUGUGUUGUGAUGAAUUGUGUGUUGAGAGAAAGAUUAUCCCAAAUUAAAAUUGAAGUGACCGAUGGAAUUAUAUUGCAAAUUAUUUAUCAAUAUUUGGGAAUGAUGAAGAAAUUAGAUGAUUUCUUCAAAAAACCAAAUCAUCAGAGAAAGUGCAAUAGACCUGAAGUUAGUGUUGAAAGAUUUGAUAGAAAAUCAAAAAGAAUUGAUUUAAUAUUUGGAUCGACCGAUUUGUUGAGUAAUUGUGAUGAUGAACAAGAUGCUGAUAGGUUGUUAGAAAUAUCAGACGAAUUAUGUAUAGGAAGAAAUGAGUUUGAAAAAGAGAUGGUAUUUGAGAUUGUGGAAUUUAUCACACAAGAACAUGGACAAAAGAAUUUUGAUACACGAGUUAUCUUACCUCGAUUGGAAAAAGCAUUUGAAAGAAACGAGUUUUCAUCUAUUUACCUCGAUGUGUUCAAAUGUAUUAUGAAUGGAGGUCCUAAAGCCUAUAAUAAUCUACUCAAAUCCAGUUUAUUUUCAACAGAGACACCAAGAUGUGAAUCUUUUGGAUCAUUCUUCAGCUCUCUUAAUGAAAAACUUACAAGUUCAAAGAAAGUUUUUAUGGAAGCAUUCCAAAUUGGCUCUGAUUUAGCUCGCUGUAUCCAUAGCUCCUUGUCUGCUGAUAGGGACAUUAUCAAAAUGUUAAUCGAAAGUAAUCCAACAAAUAUUCAAAACAUAGAUACAAAUUCUAUUGAAUCUGACCGGGAAUUCAUUAAGGAAUUAAUUGAUAUUAAUCCAUUGAUUUUGGUGCAUGGUUAUUUCGAAAGCUUGGCUAAAGAUGAAGAACUGUGGUUGAGGGCUAUUUUGAAGAAUCCUAUUUCAAUGAUGGGUUAUUACAGAGAGGACUAUUCAGAAUCUGAGAAUUUUAAACAAAAAUUGAAAGAGAUUGCUGUUGAACAUGGCUAUUUGAUUACCCGUUGUGAUUUGGCAGAUCUAUUCUUAAAUGACCGUGAAUCUAUCAUGAAAUUACUCUCAAAAUAUGGAUAUGCAUACCCAAGAAUUCCAGAUGGAUUCAAAGCAGAUCUAGAAAUUGUAAAGAUUGCUCUCUCGAAUUGUGGACAUGUAUUUAGCAAUAUUCCUAAAGAAUUGAAGAACGAUAGAGAACUGGCUUUGAUAGCUGUGAAAGAGAAUGGGUGUGUUUUCAAAAUGUUGGAUUCUGAGCUUAAACAAGAUCCAGAAAUCAUCACCCUCGCAGGAAAAUAUGCGAAACCAGAUGAAGAUUACUAUUGA